UUUCGGAACAAAAAGCGUAAAACCCUCACAGAUACUCCGAUUCAGUUGGAAGCUAGGGUUUUAGAUUCUUCAAUCUCAAAUCUCAAGAGUUUCGAUUUUGCGAAGAAGCAAAAAUGUUUCCAGGAAUGUUCAUGCGUAAACCUGACAAGGCAGCUGCUUUGAAGCAGUUGAAGACCCACGUCGUCCUGUUCGGUACUUGGGUCGCCGUGAUUCGAGUCGCCCCAUACAUCCUCCACUAUUUCUCCGAUCAGAAAGAAGAACUCAAGCUGGAAUUCUAGACUAAAGCUUCGUUUUGUUCUUCUUUCUUCCCAGCUUCUCUUGAGGAAUGGAAUAUCAGAAGGAAUGGAGCAAAUUUUUUUUUUCUUGUCCUUUCAUAAUCAUAUAUGUCCCUGUUUUGAAAUUUGUUGACAUGUAAUUGGUUGUUGAGAUUAAACUUACAGUUGAAGUGAUACAUUUUAUGAACUUGUUUUGUUUACAUGCAACCUCGCUAAAAUGCUUGAAUGUGCUAUAUGCUCUCUUCCAUGGGAGAAACCCAGGACACACAAGUUUCUUGUGUAGAAGAAGUUAAAGUUGCCUCUUUCA